AUUUUGCGAGCGCCGCCUCCCUCAGGCGCCAGAAUCCAAGAUGGCGCUCGCCAGCGUCCUCCGUUCGGAGCUCCCGGAUUUCUCCAAAUCGUUCCCAAAAUCUUUUUCCAAAAGUUUUCCCGAUGAUUCCGAGGAGAUCCCCGAAAUCCUGCGGGAUGCCUCGGGCCCUCCGCGGGUUCUGGCGGCUCCGCCCUGGGGCGUUGAGGCAGAGCCGGAGGGGCUCGGGCUGCAGAUUCUUCACGGCACCACCACUCUGGCUUUUAAGUCCCCCCACGGCGUGACGGUGGCCGUCGACUCGCGCGCCACGGCCGGCUCGUACAUCGCCUCGCAGUCGGUGCUGAAGGUGCUGCCCAUCAACGCGCGCAUCCUGGGCACCAUGGCGGGCGGCGCCGCCGACUGCAGCUUCUGGCAGCGGCUGGUGGCGCGGCAGUGCCGCGUGCAGGAGCUGCGCAACAAGGAGCCCGUCUCGGUGGCCGCGGCCUCCAAGCUGCUGGCCAACCUGGUGUACCAGUACAAGGGCAUGGGGCUGAGCCUGGGCACCAUGGUGUGCGGCUGGGACAAGCGCGGGCCCGGUACGGGGCGCUGGGGGGGACAGGCACUGGCCACAGCCCGGAACUCGGUAGCCACACCUCGAAAGUUGGUAGCCACACCUCAAAAUUCGGGUUAAAUAGGCCAAAAUUUG